AUGACAAAAUUUUCGUCGAUUCACUACCAAAGAGGUUCAAAACUCACCCAUUCUUCCCAUUCCUCUCUUUAUUACGGCCGAUCUUGCCAUAAUAACACCCCUGUCAUCUUAAAGAAACUACCAUUACCUCAAAAUAAUACUAAUUCAACACUUCCCAACGAACUCCAAUAUCUGCAAAGACUAAAACAUCAACAUAUUUUACCAGUACUAGAUAUAAUUACUGUGCCAGGCUCUAUCUAUUUAGUUACACCCCAACAACCCUUUACUUUAGCCCAACUUAUACCAGCUAUUAGUCCUAGCACUGCCUGUACUUACUUAUUACAAACAGCUAUUGGUCUAUCUUACAUUCAUAGCCAAGGUAUUAUUCAUUGCGAUAUUAAACCGUCCAAUUUGCUUAUCUCCACUACCAAUGAAAUUUUAAUCAGUGAUUUUGGUAUAUCCCAAGACUUAUCUGCCCCUAAACCCAAACUACCCGGCACUUUACCUUAUAUGGCCAUAGAAUUACUCCUAGGAGGGACCAACUAUGAUUAUGCCAUCGAUAUUUGGUCACUAGGCAUUGUUUUCCUCGAAAUGCUGCAGCACCAACUACCCUUCCCCGGCACCGGCGAGUUAGACCAAAUCUAUCAAAUCACCAGCCAAUUAGGACUUACUUCCGAAGAUAUACAAACCCUACAGCAGUACCCCUACGGCCACCUUCUCAAAACCACACCAGGCAUACCACUUAAUCUACCACCCAGUCUACAAACUAUCCUGCAAACCCUACUCCACUACAACCCACAAAAACGUUCUCUAGCCCAAGCACAAGUCCAAGCCCAGCACUAUCUCCAAACCCACCACCCCAACACAACCCAAGACCAAUAA